AUGCUCUCCGGUCCAAUCUGCAAGCUUCGCGGUCCACUGAUGGCAGGGGAGACAGACGCACACAGACGGACCCCCUCCAUUCAGGGAGAAAACAGAUGCCCCCGCUACCCUCCCCCUUACCGCCCCCCGCAGUCCCUCAGGCUGCAGGUGUCUGAGCCGAGUCCCGGGUGCAAGUCCCACAGCUCAGGGAAGCGCACCGCGCGCGGGAACCCCGCUCCGUUCCUUUCCCUGCGGUUACAGCCAUGCCUCGGCCCACCGAGCGACCCGCGGCUGACAGAGCCCAACUCUUCACGGCGGCAAUGGGCACCUCCGGAGAAGACCCGGGCCGACCGCGGCCUCAGGCGGGGAGCUGGGGCUGGGCGGGCGGGCCACCGCAGGUUCCCGGGAGAGGUGAGCGAGCCAGCGGCUGACAUUUUUUGUUUGUUCCACACUGGAUGGUGGCUGGCGGUAGGCCAAGGCUUUUCCGCCCGCUGA